UGCACCAUCUCGCAUGUUCUUUGUAUGGUCAAAGUGAAGUAUUUACACACAGUGGCGUGAGGCAUUUUAUACAUAGUUUUCGAAAUUGAAUAUUUGAUUCAUCUUCCUCGAUCAAGCUGAUAUUAAAAUUGACGUUCAAGUAUAGCUAACAUGGGGAAGAUAUCAAAAGGCCUGGCGUACAUCCAAUCAAUUCCAUUCUAUUUGAAAAUUGCUGCAUUUAUUGUACUGCUGAUAGCCCUGGGCACUCUUGGGACUUUUCUCGACAAAAUUGUGUUCGGUACUUAUGGAAAGAAAGAGCGUUUAGAAUUCUCAAUGUUUGUGAUCGUUGUCUCAUGGCUCCUCGUGAUACUGAUGGCAGUUUUGUUUGUUUCUGGACUUCAUGAAAAGAUAUCUGUUAUCAAUUGGCCAUUGACGGCUGCAAUCAACAUGGCCAUCUGGGCUUUGCUGCUGUUCAUUUCGGCAUGUCUCAUCGCAGACACUGCUCGUCAGUAUGAUAAAAGCGUAACUGGUGGGAUUUCUCUUUGCGAUUUUCUUGACAAUGUCGAUCACGAUGCUAAAUGUGGUCAUCUUAUUGCUGCAUCGAUUAUGUGUUUCAUUGCAACCAUCAUCUUUGGCGUGGACGCAUUCUUAAACAUAAAGAUAUGGCGUGGAGCAGAACCAUCGUCAUCAACAGCAGCAGCACCGCCAGCUCCCGCUAAUGUACAGUCGUCAUAAACUGGUUUUAUGUCAGAUAUUUUAACGCAUUUAGUCUUAGUUUAGUGCUGUAGUUAGCUCCCAGCUCCCUAUCGGUUAAAGACUGCAUGUAGUGAAUAUGUGUUUGUCUAAAUAAGGAAUUGUUUUCCGCCUCUUAGCGAAGUUGUAGUUUCGUUCAUUACGUAUAAGUUUUGAAAUAUAGACUGAAGAUGUGUAUUUUUAAUAGCAUCUUCUUUAACGCGGAGGCAACGUAUAGUCGUUUUUAUUUUAUAAUCAUGUAUUUCAAUGCAAUAUAUUCUAAUAAACAUUUUAAAAUGAAAUGGCAGUCUGGCAGAGGCUUUAUUUGAGCAUGUCAGUUAUUUUACUUGAGGAGCGCAAUUUUUUUUUAAGUAUAUAUCAUGCAACAUGUGCCUAUUUCUCGACCUAAUGUUGAGAGGCAAACUACAGAAGUUUGUGCGUGAUAUCUUUCUCUGAUUAACACGAGUCAAUAUGUCUAAUAAUAGAUUGACGAAGUUCUAGAAACUAUGAGUAUAGAUUAUGCUGUGUGUAUUUGAAACUUGAAGCCUUUAUAUAUUAGUAUUCUGUCCGGCGUUUUACAAUAUUAAUGAAAACUUUUGUGACUUUAUUGUGUGAGGUAUAUUGAUUAAUCGUGUGCUUACUGCUGCAUGUAUAAAAAAAGGUGUUUCAAUGUUAGCUGGUUUACCGCACACGAGUGUCUAUAUCACAGAGCUGCUGAACUGGAUUUUUUAGACGUAUAAGAGGUAUGAAAUGAUUUUUUCUGUGUAUAAGGUCCUGCCAAAUGGUGAUGGGGUUAUGCCAAAAAGUUGGGUACAAGAGGCAGAGCUAUGCCGCACGCUAUGGCUCUCGACUUGGCAUUCUGAAGUUUGCUUUACUGAUAGGUUUCUAAAAGCGCACAGGACGUGAUGUUUAGCCUCGUAUGCGGUGUUUUGGUCAAAAGAAAUUUUGGUGACCAACUUUGACCAUUCAAUUACGGAUUUCUAUACAGACAAAUACAACAGCUGAUCUCAAAUUGAGAUAGAAAUUCGCGUUCACGUCAAAAAAUCAUUUUAAACUAUGAAUUCAAUUCUCAGUAUUUUUUUGCAGAUAGUGAAAUCAACAUGUCUGCAUUAGGACAGGGAUGGUAUUACUUCAAG